AUGAAUAUUGAAAACAAAUCUAAUGAUCAAUCCUAUCAUUAUAUUUAAGACAUUGAUAAUAAAGCAAACAAUGAUAAAAAAUUCCUUGGAAUGAGUAUCAAGAAGAGAUAUAGCAUAGCCAAUGUACUGGCAAUUCCUCUAAUUCAAGUUAGCCUAACAAUUUCUGUCUUUUUUUUUACUAUUCAAGUUAUUUUCCUAUUGAGAGAUCCACUUUACUAUAAUAUCCCCUAAGAGAACAUUGGUAUUGUAAGCAGCGACAUUAUUUUUUAUUCGAUGUUUACUUAAUUGAUAGCGGUUAUAACUUUUGGAUAUAUCUAUGACAUCUACGGAAGAAGAAAAUCAAUUACAUUAAAUGUUUUGGGGGUUGGCUUUGUUUUAAUAAUGAUGCCAAUAGGAGCACCAAAUGUAUAUCCUAUAACUUACAUAGUAAGAGCUAUUUUUACAAUUGUUACUGUGGGAUCAACUUAGCAUCCAUUAAUAAAUGACUAUGUAAAAAAUGAUUCAAGAGGUAAAGCUAGCGCACUCCAAGCUUUUGGUACAAUCUUCGGUGAUAUGCUAAAUUAUUUCGCUAUAUUGCCUUCAAUCUCUGGAUUGAAAGUAGGGCAAUAGUUUUAGUUCGUUGGUACAUUAUUUGUAGUAAUUGCUAUUAUUCUCUGGUUCAUUGUUAAAGAACCAUAUGUCUAUUCUAUCAGAGGAAAGUCAGCAAUUCAGAGACAUUUGAUAACUUCAAAUGAAAGCUUAUAGUUUGAAAAGGUUUACGAGGAUGAGUAAGCAUUUACUAAAGCUAAAAAGCUUACUAAGCAAAUAAUUUGGUAAUGUUCUCAUAAAAGUAUUAUUCUAAUGUGCUUCUUUGCAAAUAUUAUAAUCAGGGCAAAUAUUAUUAUGCUUUCAAGCUACAUGACUUUGUGGACAUCUAGUUUCAUUGGAACUGCUUAUAUAAAAGAUUCUUAGCAAGCCUAGGAAAUAGUACAAAACUACAGCAUCUACUCUACUUUGACUAUCUUAAUUUUAAUUAUCCCUUUGGGUUACAUAGCUGAUAAAUAUAAGUACAAGCACUUGAUGGCAUUCUUCACAAUACUUAAAAUAUUUUCAAUCUAUUGCUUCUUUUAAUUGACAAACCCUAAUUCGAUAGGAACAAAAAUCGUGUAUAUCACUAUGUUUAUUACUCAUUCAGCAUAGAAUAUAUUGACAGAUGCUGUUUUUUCAAAAAAUCUUCCUAAAGAUAUUAGAGGCUCAUUGACAGGAGCAUAUCAAUUAAUCGGAACUAUUGGAAUUCUGGCAUUUACAAAAGCAGGAGCAUACUUAUACAAUGAGUUCGGACCAUCUUACCCAUUCCUAUUUGUAGCCUUCAUUGAUGGACUAUUUCUAUUUGCUCUUGGAAUUUUAGUAACCUUUACUAAUUUUAAUCAUUGA